UCUAGUGCCCCCACUGCUUGUCAAAAGAGACGUUAAAGAGGGAAUACGGACUACAACUUCAAAGGAGUGCACAUCUUACAACCUUUCUCAAGAGAACCAAAAGAAGCGAGGGGGAAGUGAUAUAAACCUCAAUCAAAAUCAAAAGUGAAUUUCUGGGCUCUUAACCAAUCUCACUUCAACCGUUUCCACCCCUAAGCUCCUUACGUGGCACCAUAACUACCUAAACUAGAAGGACCGAGCUAAGAACCCCAGCAGCAGCAAAAAGGAAAGUCACAGCUAUGUCAGCAGGGAACCCCCCAUACCCGUCAACCUCAUCCCCCGCCGCCGCCGCAUUCCGGAGUCCGACGCCGUCGUCAACCCACCAGACCUCCUUCCCGAUGAACCCGUCCCGGCACCACCACCACCCUCACCACCCUCACCACCAUCCCCACCACGCUCAUGGCGGCGGCGGCAGCAGCAGCAGUGCUGCCGGGAGCAGCAGCGCCGACGUCUUCACCCCCGAGAUGCGGGACCGCCAGGCCCGUGGCAAGGACCCCUAUCGUUCGGGCGAUGCCUCGGACGCCAGCGACGUGAGCACCACCCGGGAUUCCAGGACCGGCUCCAAGAUGAGACUUGGCGGAGGCGAGAAAGACGACUUUGGCAAGAUCGAGCGCCGAGAAAAAGCCGUGGCCUUCCUGGACAACCCGGAGCUGCUCAUGAUGUAUGCGCAGAGCACCGGAGACAGCAUACCCUCCGCCCGCCUACACUUCAUGAAGAUGAUGUGCGGCUACGACGACGAGUUCCUCGAGGAGGACAGCCACGCCCGCGGCCACGCCCACGCCCACAACAGCCACGGCCGGAGACCGCCCUCGCGCCCAGCCCGGGACACGGACAAGCGGAGGGGCGGCGACCGCGCCGCCGGGCGAUGA